AUUUCCCCCCUCUGAUAUUUUUCUCUUACGGUUCUAAUUCCUACCUAGGUACCUAUCCUUUAUUGGCUUGACUCCUACUUUUUAUUUUUAUUUUAUAAGGAUCGUGCGCAGUGGUAACGGGCGUCUGAGCAACUUCCCCGUCUACGGGACAUCUUGAAAACGUAUUUUAAGAUGUGGCCUUUUUCCUCUUAUCCGGAAUACUCCCCGUCUCAAGUCGAUGGCAAAAUCUAUGACUAUAUCAUUGUAGGAGGCGGCACUGCUGGUUGCGUUAUUGCAUCACGUUUGUCAGAAGAUCGCGAUGUCUCGGUUCUCGUACUAGAAAGAGGUCACGUCAAGGAUAAUGUAGUAUCACGUAUGCCGCUUGUCAGCCAGAAUAUGUUCCUCGGAAACACACUGCAAGUUCAAAGCAAUCGCUGGUCAGAGCCGAUGCCUGGUGCCAACAGAAGAAGAAAUCGUCUGUGGGCAGUAGAAGGAAUUGGAGGUGCAACUCGUAUGAAUGCAAUGCUGUGGACUCGCGGGUUUCCUGGAGACUACGCUGCCUGGUAUGAAAUGGGCCUCAAAGACUGGGCUUAUGAGAAACUCGAGCCAUAUUUCCGAAAGAUUGAGAACGCCGUCGCCCAUCCAAAAUCUAGCUCAAGAGGCCAUAAAGGCCCUAUUGAGCUGCGGCAGUUUACCUACCCAUUUAUAUGGACCACAUAUAUUGAGAAGGCUGUCCAGAAACUUGGCUUACGCCUUGAAAAGGACACCAACGACCCUACUGCGCCGGCUAUGGGUUACUUCAACCUUGAUACAUCCAUUGAUGCCCAUGGAAGGAGAAUUUCGGCAUUUUCUGCGUAUCUAAACAAAACAGUGGCUUUGCGGAGACGAGGUCACCUCGCCGUCUGCACCGGUGCCGUUGCAUCGAGAUUAGACGCAGAUGCUCAAACGGGACUUGUCACUGGAGUCCACAUUCGAUGUUCCAGCGGUUUACCUAAGGAAUUUUUCGUUAAGGCACGGCGUGAAGUCAUUGUUUGUUCUGGUGCAGCCUGUACUCCGCAGCUUCUUUUGCUUAGUGGGAUUGGACCUAAGCAAUCGUCGGAAAAGUUUGGCAUUCCCCUCGUCAAGGAGCUACCGGCAGUAGGUGCUACGUUAUCCGAUCAUUACAGCAUCCCUAUCAUGCUCGAAGUCCAACCGAAAGAAACAUUUCACAUCUUAGAAACAGUUUGGGGCAUCUGGUAUUUUCUACUUUGGCUGUUCUUUGGAAAAGGCCUUCUGGGUCUAUCUUCCAUGUCUAAUUCGGUUUUUAUACGUACUGGCGCCAUUGACGAGAGUAACAUGCAAGUUAAAAGCCAUGACGAAGAAGGACGCGACAAUCUAGACGCCUCCAUAUCUCGUAAUGUUCCAGACAUCGAAGUCAUGUUUAUGCCUAGCAGCUCUGUUGAAAGAGCUGUUUUAGGCCAUACAUUUAUGUCGAUAUACCCUACCUUGGUCCAACCAUGUGGCUCAGGUCGUGUUGAGUUGGUAAAUACGGAUUCACUUAGCCAACCUCAAAUAACGUACCCAUUAUUUACCAACGAACGUGACAUCACAUCUGCUAGACUCGCUGUCCGUUUCGCUAUGCGGCUAGCUGACGAGCUACAACACUCGGGCUAUCCACAUCCCAUAAGGCUCGCCUUCGCUCCAGGCCAAGAUCCUAGCAUUCUUGACGAGUGGGAGAACUCUGCUCCCGUUGAUUAUUUACCAGGACCGGAACCAGUCGUUCCGUCUAUUCUGGGCGUGCGGGACUCUCAAGUUGCUGCGGAUUCCAAGCAGCGCAUCACUGAAGGGCUUGAAUCACGAAUGAAUAAGACAUGGAAAAGCGUCACGGACGAUGAGAUCGACAUCUAUAUGAGGAGAGUAAGCCACACGAGUUUGCAUUUCUCAGGCACGUGUCCCAUGUCCAAUGAUGAGAAAUCAGGCGUUGUUGAUCAAGAACUCCGCGUGCACGGUUUCAGCAACUUGAGAAUUGCGGAUACAAGCGUAUUUCCUAAGAUCCCCAGUUGUCACACCAUGGCACCUGUGAUGGCUGUGGCAGAAAGAUGUGUAGACUUGGUGAAAGCGGCGUGGAAAGAGAGGAAAUCACAGUAG